CCGCUGUUGGAUGUGUUGAUGGUUGCUACUGAUAUUUGUCGGCGUGCAAUUCAUAACGUGUUGGUAUCGUUUUUAUCAGAUUCUUUGGAUUAAAACUCAAACGGGAGGCUGUAGUAAGGACGAAGACACAAAUAAACCAAUAAAAAUGAGUAAAGGAGGAGAGGAAGUCGACCAGAGUGGAAAUUUUUGGGAAAGUCUCCACGAGGACCUUACAAAUAUCCAUCGUAUCUUGCAGGAUCAAAAUAGGGAGCUACGAAACAUUAUGUCCGAACAAACAAGGACGAAAGAAAGACUGACACAGUUCAGAGUUGAUGGAUAUGCAAUUAACGAAUCUCUACUCGAAUAUGAGGACUUCGCAGAUAGAUUUACCGAACUAUUGGGUGGAUGGGGACCAGAUCAUCCAAUCCUGUGUUCAUCAGUAAAUUCAACCUUUUAUGAAUAUGAAGGGGGUGAUGAGAAGAAGGCAAUCGGAAGGACAAUCAAUGCAAUCGUUGAUGCACUGCCGGAGUACGGUCGUUUUGCUCAAUCAAUACUCGAGGAACAAGAGAGAUUAUUAUCCAUAUAUAAAACUAUUUUGGAAUUAUCAGAGGAUACUUUGAGGUCCCUGAUAGGUCUUUGAGGUCUACUUCUGCAUGCAGACCAGCUUCUUUUAUUAGUUACUUGUACCUGUAUUUCAAUAAUACUUUCAUGGAGUAUCGAAGAAGUAUAAAAAAAACAAAGCCUUGGAGGGCGAUUAAUCGUUGAUCACAACCAUUCCAGUCUUAUCAAAAUUUCCAUACUGUUUUUCUACAUCUAAUAUCCAAAAAUAUAUUUCAAUUUCAUUCCAGAUGGUUGCGUCAGCCAAACUUAUUCAAUAAACGAUAAUAUUUGUGGUGAUCUCCAUUUCUCAUUUUAUCAUUUAAAACAGCACAAUAGCGUGUUUUGAAAAUAUAUGUAAAAUAUAGGCUUAAAUCCUGUUGGAAUUUUCCAAAAAUGAAAAUGCCAUCUUAGCCGCUUAAAUAUUUUUUUUACAAAUAAAAAACAUCAUUA